CAGCACAUGUCAGAGGCAGUGUUCGUUGUAUUGUGUGAAAUGAUGGGAACCUCACAACUGGUGGCCAUCAGGAGGGAAACAGUGGACAUCCAGGAGAUUGUGGAAAGACAAUUAACUAAUAAUUGGAUCCAUGGGAUGCUGAGUGGAAGUAUGAGAGAAGGAUUCAGGCUGAAUGGAUCAGAUAAGGACUUUAUGUACUGGCCAAACGACCACCGAGUAAUCAUGGACAUGUCUCAGUCUGAGUAUUACAACACAGCCAGUACAACCUUGAUUCUCUCUGACAGUUCUGAGAGCCCACCAGGAUUCACUUUACUUCAGUUACUGACACCAACAGAAAUUACAGAAGUCCAAUCAGCAUGUGUCAGAAUGAAUGGUAGAGUCUAUAUAUCUAGUUUUAUACACAGCGAGUUAACUUGUUCGGUAGUGGUGCCUAAUUCUACUGUACAUGGACCCUGUGGAAGUGGUAAUGUAGAAGGACUAGAAUAUGACAACGCUCACUGCUUUGCAUGUGACUUUUGGCCUACGCCUGCCUCCUUGUGGAUAGACAGAUGUCACUUAUGGCCUGGCCCUGAAGUUGUUGAAGACAUUGUCAGAAAUGGAUGUCACGUUGUAGCAAUAGGACACCCAUUAGGACCCCAUAAAAAUGAAGAAUGGAGAUUGUCGUUUUCUCGAGCAGAAUAUAAACUUGUGUACUCAAUGAACCACAGUCAAUUUUUGACCUAUGGAUUGUUAAAAAUUUUCUUAUAAGAAGUUAUAAAUCAUCAGACUGAAGAAAAGAAUAAACUGAUAUGUUCCUAUCAUAUAAAGACAACAGUUUUCUGGGCUAUUCAACAAAACACACUACCCAACUGGUGCCCUCCAAAUCUCCUGGCCGGUUUCUGGGUCUGCUUUAAACACCUCCUUAAAUGGGUGUAUGAGGGGAUUUGUCCUAACUUUUUCAUUCCACAAAACAACCUGUUCCUGACAAAGGUCCAUGGCUCGGCACAAAACAGAUUGUUUCUACAGUUACAUGACUUGUACAAGAAAGGUCUGUCCUGUCUGUUAGGGUGUUCUUCUAUCAUGUCCUACAUCACUGAUGUCCUAUACAAUCCUAGACUUUCUGUUUGUACAGAUGAGAAUUUCAUGAAGUCUGAAUUUGACUAUGAUGUAGAACUUUUCAAUGUGUUACCCAUUGCAUUUAAACAUUUAGGUGAUCUAUAUAACCUUAUUAAAGCCAUAGAUAUGAUAGAAUACCUGGUAUAUUCACCCCUUACACAAUAUCAAACUAUCAAAUUACAGUCACUUUCAGUCCUCACCCUUCAAUGUAUUGCUUUCAAAUUACAAAACAUGUUUACUUGCUCAUGUUUUAACAAACAGAUGUAUAUUGCAAACAAAUUUUAUUGCCACAUGCUGAAAUUAGCAGCAAAGUUAGGGUGUAUUUCUGACAUGUUGUACAUUGCCAUUUAUUAUUACAAGACACUCAGAUACAGGGGAGCUUUAUGUGUUAUAGAGAUGACAAAGAUUAAGUUAAGACAGCCAUAUUUAAUGUAUUGGGGACAUGUAGACAUAGAGAGGUAUACUGAGGCUGUAGGGGGGCAGUCCUGGUCUACAAAAAUGAGAGAGGCCGUAGCAUGGGAUAUCAAACUUGACACCAUAAUCUUUUAUAUUAGUGAAUUAAUACCAGAACAAAACUCUGCUCUACAGAAAGGAAAGUCUAGAUUAUAUGUCCCAGUGUUUGUAAUGUUACACUUCCUGGAGUUCCUGUGUUACAGACACAUUGAUACAACGUCAUCACAAGCAGCUCUAGAUGAGCUACAAGUCCUAGUCCACCAUGAUAAAGGACAGUAUAUAUUUGACCGAUGUAGAGACAUCUCCUGGGAGAUCCUGGGGAUCUGUCAACAGAUCACAGGGAACCUCCAGGCUGCUCUAUACUCAUACCAACAGUCACUCACACAUUAUCCAUGGAACGGAAUACAAACUGCUACACAGAUGAGAAUACGAGACUUGUUUUUUAGAAACCUUCACCAAUAGAUUAAAUAAAUACUAUCACAUUAAAUGCCGUAUCUAAAAAUAUAUGCUAUACAAGAGGUCCAUAAGCCUCAUCUUUUACCGAAGCAACAGUUCUUUAAAAAGUUCUUGCAUUUCAUCUUUUGUUCAAUUAACACUGACCUCCGUAAAGGAAUGAUGAGUUUUGGAAAUUAGGUUAUGAAAUAAUACAAUAAAAAAAACCUAUCUCAAUUGAUAACUACUUAAAGUGAAAACAAGUUAUGCAGCUUAAUGUUUACAAUCAAAAUGUUUAAAUGCUUAAAUGAAUUCUUAUUGACAAAACCUUGAAUAUUUUUACUUUAUUAUGAAAUAAGGCUAAAACAAAAAUUGACUUUUAGCCAAACAGAGGAAAUUCGGACUAAAUUUUGCAAAUUUUGUUUUCUGCUAAAGCAUUUUUGGCAGUACUCUAAUGUUAAAAGUUAGGAUUUUAUAUUUAAGUCUAUGUAAUUUUGCAUAUUUUCCGUUGGUUUUACCUAACUUUUUCAUUGAAAUAAUACUAUGGCACGAAAUGCAAAAAUAUUGAAAAAUGCUUAAAAACGAUAAAAGACACCAUAUCUCAAAAUUUUGAUCAUUGACCUCUUAUAAAUAUUUUGCCAACAGAAUAAGGUCAAAAUAAGUAGUUCAAUACCAUACAUGUUUUUGCAUUAUCAUCAUUCAAUUUUUUGUAAAAUUGGAUCAAAAAUGGGUAGGGAUUUGAAACUGAUAGAGGAAAUUCGGGCUGGGUUAUUUUAAAAUCUAAAUUAG